AUGUUAAAAGCGUUGAGAAAAUUAAAUUCCUGCGGACUGGCAAACUGUUUAAACAGCAGCGACUUUUUGGAAACAGUUAACAUGAAAAACACACCGGAAAUUGUGAAACCAAACUUUAUAUCUCUCUAUGCAUUUGUAUUACAAACAAUAACAUCGAAGUCGAUGGAAUUUCAAGUUGCAGGAAUAACUGAAGUCAGAGAUAACAAUAUCAAAUCAUUUGCUGACGAAUGGUUCAUUGACAUUUAUGCUUUCAACAUUGAUUUUCUGAGGUUUCUUAUGACAUUUGCAUGA